CGCUCCCUUGGUGAAGAUCCCGCAACUAUAUAAACCCUGAGAGAGGGGGAGAGUCGAACGGCUUCUUCUUACCUCUGUAGAUAUUUUUCUUCCAACUUUUCGUUUCACAGAGAGAUUCACGAACGAGCUUGAUCGACGUGGUCUUUCGGUUUCAGAGGCACAAGGACUGGCUAUGGAUACUCAGGGGGGGAGGGGAGUUCGUGGGCAUAGACGGAGGAAGGCGGUAAUUGAUUUGAAUGCAUUGCCGACUGAAACCCGAAUUCAAGAAGGGACCUCCAACUCUGGAAAUGCUCGAGGGAUUACUGUUGGUAACAAUCCAGGGGAAUCCGCACCUGUUCCUUCUCCCCCUCCUCCUACUGUUGAUGUUGUUUCUAUCGAUGAAGAUGUUGUUGAAUCGUCUGCAAGCGCUUUUGCUGAAGCGAAAAACAAAUCAAGAGGUGCACGCCAGAGGCCUGUGAUGAUUGAUGUAGACUCAGGUUGUACGAGUGGAAUGCCUGCCAACAUCAGCAACAAGCGGAGAAUGGUUCCUCCUAAUCAACAAGCCGUUGAUCGUGAUGAUGUGGUCGUGCUUGCGGCGCCAGAACCCCAGCCACCUCAAGAGGAGCCAAAGUUUACGUGUCCGAUUUGUAUGAGCCCAUUUACUCAGGAGACGUCAACAAAGUGCGGCCAUAUUUUUUGCAAGGAAUGUAUUAGGACGGCAAUAUCUAGCCAGCAUAAAUGCCCUACUUGUAGGAAAAAGGUUCUUGCCAGAGAUUUAAUCCGUGUGUUCCUUCCAGCAACCAGAUGAGGAGUAGAGAGAACUUCAUCACCAACCACCAUGUUUAGUGGUCUAAUUCCCAUAUUGAUUUUGGAACAAGGAGGGGUUUCGAAAAGAGGUGUCUUUUUUUUCUUUGUAUUUGGACAAUUGUUGUGUUCUGGAAGUGUGAUAGUGUCGGCAACUCCUCCUAGUUUAUUGUUCUAUGUAAUUUAGAUUGGUUCAAACCUCUCACCCUGAAGCAUUUCAGACACCCUUAUCAGCAUGAGCCUCAAGUGUGUGCAGUUCCUGUCUUGUGCUUA